CUGGUCCGUUUUCUAAAGCUGAAAACCCAAAGAGAGAACAACGUACUUCCGUACUCUGGGAGUACCGUGAAAGUCCAGGGAGUACAACAAUGUCUGUUACUGAGCCAAAGGUCAAGAGUUAAAGGUUAAAGAUCAAAAAUUAUAGCGCAUUUCAUGCCUAUUCAGUGUGCUCCCUGUACUCCCGGAGUACAGGAAGUACAGAGAGUAGAUUGUUUCCCUCUUGUGAAAACCGUAGAUCUCGAGCUGUUUCCAAGCCAAAAUUAUUCAACUUAUAACAGAGUGCACAGUUCAUUAAAAUGGAUAUUAGAUAGAUACAAAAUCAAUUAUUUUAUCCAACAUCUUUUUCACUCAGUCUAAUAUCAAAACUUUAGGAUAGCUUUUUUUUUUUUAUUAAUCAUUUUUGUGUUUAAAAAUACAGUCAAAAUUUCUCAUGUAGACAGAACUUGAAACAAGUGAUCAUUUUGCCGUUAGUCUUCUUAUACACAAAAGGAACAUACAAUGAUUAUAAAGACGAAUGAGAUAUAAACGUAUUCAGAAAUAUAUCAAAAAAUAAUAUUCAUUUAUUGAUCAUUCAAAUAACGAAAGUACAAUAAAGAGAUUUUUUUUCAAUCAAUUACAAAUGUAGAGAUAUGAAAAUGAAAAUAAUAUUUAAUAUCUAUAAACAAGAUUUUUCAUAAUCUUAAAAAAAUCGUCAAAUUUUGUUUUGAUUGAACUAUUUCAUUUUUUUUUUCUAAAUAUUGUUCAUCCAAUAAAAAAAAAUGAACAAUACUCAUCAGACGUAAACGCAUAACAAUGUCCGUCUAUACACAUACAUGAACUAUAUAUAUUCAAAGAAAAUGCAUCUAUACAGGUCAGUUCAAUAAUAAAAGAAUGAACAAAAGCACAUUCGAAUCAUUACCCAAUGAAAUUUUACUCAUUAUAUUUCGCUAUUUAUCUUCAUUUGAUUUGUGUCAAGCCUUUCUUUAUGUAAAAAAUACUAGGAUCGAAUAUCUUCUUACGACCAUACGUCAUUCAUUAGAUGUUAGUUCAAUGCAUUAUGAUCAAUUGUACCAAUUUCUCAACAAUAUUAAUAAUGAUACUACAAAACGUUUUACAGCUUUGAUAGAUACUCUUGUAAUUCGUGGCGGAUUAGGAGCUUGCUUAAUGUUACUUAACUAUUGGGAAAAAAAUUUAAAUGAUAAUCCACUAUUCAUAAACACGAUGUUACCAUCAAUAAAACAACUUGUUAUAUUGAAUGCAGGAAAUGAUUCAUAUGAACUGAUUAAACCAUUAUUAAGAUCUUUAGCAUUUCAUAACAAUACAUUACAACGUUUGCAUCUUGUAUUUGACAGACCUACCUCUUCAUACUUUUCAAUACUUUCUUGGCUCAUUUCUUACCGUAUUUCAAUUCAUACUAUGAUAUUAGAAGUUGAAAAAGGUAUGCCAUAA